AUGGCGUCGCAGGUGGGAUCAUACUCGAAUCCCCUAAAGAAGUUCAAACUUGUCUUCUUAGGGGAACAGUCCGUUGGUAAAACCUCGUUAAUUACAAGAUUUAUGUACGACUCGUUCGACACGACCUACCAAGCGACCAUAGGAAUCGACUUCCUCUCAAAGACAAUGUACCUCGAAGACAGGACGGUACGCCUACAGUUAUGGGACACGGCUGGCCAAGAGCGUUUUCGAUCGUUGAUACCCUCUUACAUCCGAGACUCUUCCGUAGCGGUAGUGGUCUACGACAUUACGAGUAAAAAGACCUUUGAGCAGACUAAGAAGUGGAUAGACGAUGUGCGCGGCGAGCGAGGGAACGAUGUUAUUGUGGUAUUGGUUGGGAAUAAAACAGAUCUGGGAGAUAGCAGGAGGGAAGUCACCACUGCACAGGGUGAAGAGGAGGCGAAAAGGGCAGGAGCCAUCUUCAUGGAGACAUCUGCAAAGGUUGGCCAUAACGUAAAGGCGCUGUUUAGGAAGAUUGCGCAAGCACUGCCAGGGAUGGAAGGUGAACAAGAGCAACAGAAACCUCAGAUGAUUGAUGUCUCGGUAAAUAACCAGAAACCAACCGAGGAAGGUUGUGCCUGUUGA